AUGGCCACUCACAACUACGGCCGGCCCUCGACCGACGAUCAUGCGGAGAACCGCCCUCUCCUCAGCCAAGACCACGAAGGUGCUGAUGAUGCCACCAACCAGUCGCUCUGGUCUCGCUUCCGACGUCAGCUCUCCGCCACAUUUGCUCCCCUCGCCAAGCCGGAGGAGCUCCGCCCUUUGGAGCGCUUCCUUGUCGUCGCGUCCGUAGCACUCCUCCUUCUCGCUGCGGUCUUCAUUGGUCUCUUUGCCGGCUCGCAGCAUAAGCUCACUCACCGUCCCGCUUCACCCGCACCAGUCCCCGCUCCAGGCAAUCCCAACCCUAACCCACCCGAGGGCGACAUCUGCACCACCAAGGACUGUGUGCUCGCCGCGAGCGAGAUCCUCCGCUCCAUCGACGAAUCUGUCAACCCCUGUGACGAUUUUUACGCCUUCUCCACCAACAAUUGGCUCAAGGCGCAUCCCAUCCCUGGCGACGCCGGCCUCUUCGGCACGGGCCAGUUCGUACUCUCCGAAAACUCAAAGAUCCUCCGCCAGAUCCUCGCCGACGCCCCGUCCUCAGCUGCGCUCGGUCUCCGUAACGACGAGGCCUCCGACAAGGACAACAAACAGGACAAGGAGCAGCACGAAGCCGACAGGCAGAACCUCGUCAAGCUCAAGGACUACUACGACGCAUGCAUCGACGUCACUGCUCAGGACAAGCUCGGCGCAAAGCCCCUCCUCGAUGUUCUCGAGCAUCUUCGCCUGCUGAUUCGUCAAGCUGGGCACGAUGACGAGAAGCUCUCCGAGCCCAGUCGAUUCCUCCUGCAGGCUGAUGACCGUUCGGAAAAGCCUGUGCCUCCCAACCAGCCACCCGCUCGCUCUCCCAAGCCGCAUCCUCCGCGCGAGAGCCCCAGGCCCUCUCCUCCCUCGGGCAAGAGGCAGAAGGGUCUCACCGAGGCGGUCGCCUGGGCGCACAGCCGCGGCCUCCCUGCUUUCUUUGACAUCUCCAUCGACGGCGACGCCGUGGUGGACCCCACCGCCGCCACUCCAUGGUUCUUCCCUUCCGGUCUCGGUCUGCCGGAUCAGUCCUACUACGAGGAUACGGACGAGAUCGCUUUCUACAAGCGCGUCGUCGCCGAUGGCCUCGCCGCGUACGACCGAGAGCUCAAGCACGUCAAAGCCAGCGGCAACAAGAACAAGCGCGGAAAAUCGGCUCCACUUGGCCCCCUCGCCGAACAUGUGGUCGAGUUCGAGCGCCUCUUGGCCGAUAUCACCCCCGACUCGGAAGAGGUCAACGAUCCUGUGGCAUCCUACAACCCGAUCAACACGACUGCCUUGCCGUACACCUUCUCCUCCAUCAGCUGGCCCGCCUACUUCUCCGCCUUGACGGUCCGCAUGCCCGAGAGGAUCAUCCUCACCAGCCCCAAAUUCGUCACGGCGCUUGACGCGCUCAUCUCACGCACAAAGACCGACGUGCUGGAAGCCUAUCUCGUCUGGACCGCCAUCCGCGAGUUCGGCACCGCACUCGGCCCCAACGUCAAGCUGCGCGGCCCAGCAGAGCGUCUGGACAGGUACUCCAAGGGCGUCGCUCCGGACGCCAAGGAGGACCGCGAGACCAAGUGCAUGGGCGACCUCAACGCAGCGCUGGGUUUCAUGGCGGGACGCUACUUUGUUCGCUCCGCAUUCCAGGGCGACAGCAAAAAGAGAGUCGAGCAGAUCAUCUUUUCGGUCAUCGAUGCCUUCAAGUCGCGCCUACCCGAACUCGACUGGCUCGAUGAGAAGACGCGCAAAAAGGCGCACGAGAAGGCCGACGCCAUCCGCGUCAUGGUCGGCUACCCGAACGCACCCAACACCACGGACGCUGUGUCCGUAUCGGCGUUCUACCGUGAUCUGCCCGUGGACGCGUCCAACUACUUUGCCAACCGCCUGGCAUCGUCGAUGCGCAUGGCCAAGCGCGACUGGGCGCAGGUAGGUCGCAAGCUCAACCGCGAGCUCUGGGACAUGUUCCCCGCAGAGGUCAACGCCGAGUACUCGCCCCAGGGCAACUACAUCCUCUUCCCCGCAGGCAUCAUGCAGCCGCCUUAUUUCCACGUCUCGUGGCCGUCGUACCUGCAGCGCGGAGCGUUCGGCGCCGUUGCCGGUCACGAGCUCUCGCAUGCCUUUGACCCGGACGGCCGACUGUACGACAAGCAAGGCUACCUCCGCGACUGGUGGUCCGAGGCGACCGCGAAGCAAUUCCAACAGCGACAGACGUGCCUAGCCAACCAGUACCACUCGUACACUGUCUCUGACGGCAAGGGCCACGAGCUGCACCUGCGCUCCAACUUUACUAAGGGUGAAGAUGUCGCCGAUGCGGGUGGUCUUGCUCAGAGCUACCGCGCCUGGAAGGACGAGCUGGCUCUCGGUGGCGAUGAGGUCGAGGCGGCCAACGCGCUGUUGCCUGGCUUGGGAUACACCCGCGAACAGCUCUUCUUCAUCGCCUACGGCGUCAGCUGGGCACGCAACAUCCGUGCCAGCGAGCAGGUCAAGCGCCUCCGCACCGACCCGCACAGUCCCACCAAGUACCGCGUCAACGGCGUCCUCGUCAACUCGCCCGAGUUUGCCGAAGCCUUCGGAUGCAAGGCUGGCCGCGACAAGAUGGCCAAGACGCCCGAAGAUCGUUGCAGCAUCUGGUGA